GAUAUAUUGAACAAUAACAUCAUAGUCACAAUGACACACCGUUGUGAGAAGCUGAAUAGCUGAUAGUCUAUUACUCUAUUUUUUUAUAUAAUAGUACAUUCUACAAUCUUCACUUUACAGUAAAAUUAAUAAUAAAUAUAAUAUAGAGGAUUUGAUAGUUUGAUACUACAUUACUACCACACAGAUUUCUAUUUUCUAUAAUUCUAAUUUCUAUUCAGCAUUCAAUAUUGAAUAUGUUACUUAAUAACUAACGUCUUAAUCACUUAUAUUGUAUUAUUGUGACAACUGACAACGAUAUUUGUGUUUGAAGUUAUAACUCAGAUAUCUGAAAAGUUUUGUCCCUCUGUUUUCCCAUCGAGCACUGUUAAUCAAAAACUAUACACAAUGUGUGCUAAAAUGGCAUUCACUCAUCAACCUGGCACCGCCAUGGAAUGCCUUAGUAUACCUAUUACUUUAACGAAAGAAUCUGCAAUUGAUACUGAUGGUCGUGAAUUAUUAAAAUGUGGGUUCAAAAUUGGUGGAGGCAUUGAUCAAGAUUUUAGGAAAAGUCCUCAAGGAUAUACAGAUAAUGGUAUUUAUGUAACAGAAGUACAUGAUGGAAGUCCCGCAUCUAGGUCUGGAUUACGAAUACAUGAUAAAAUAUUACAAUGUAAUGGAUAUGAUUUUACAAUGGUAACCCAUAAAAAAGCUGUGGAUUAUAUUAAGAAGCAUAAAAUACUAAAUUUAUUAGUUGCUCGAAGAGGUGUUACAUCGACAUAAAAUAUUGAAAACUUGAAAAAAGUCAUCUGUUAUUACUACAUACAACCAAAGGUUUAUUAAUUAAUUAAAUUAUUUAUCCUAUUUACCAUAAACGGUAAUACGUUUUUUUUUUACUAGGUACCUAUUUUAAAAUAAAUAAUUGUAUUUAUAAAUGUAGUGUAUUUCUAUUUGAAUGAAGUAAUGUUAUUAUUAUUUUUUUAACAUGGUCAUGUUUAAACCAAAAACUCUUAAUGUGCAUUUACCCCAAUGGGAUCAAUUUUUACUAUUAUUUUCCAAAUUUAUCAUAUAUCAACACUUAUUAGUUAUUAUUAUACAUUUUUUUUCUUUCGUUUGAGAUUGGAUAUUUUAAAAUAAUGAGUGAUCUUUAAUUUAUACCUAUUUAUUUUAAUUAUUAAGAUAAAGUGUACUACGUCUUUAAUUAUAAUUGA